UUACACUUAGGUCAUUUUGUACCAAACAAAAAGACUGGUUUUGCUUAUUCACAAAAUAAUUCAAACGCACCGUUUAUUCAGCGUUUGUGACAAGCGUUUUUCUGAUAAGAGACUGGAGCUUCUAGUUUUUUGAGCAGACCUUAAAGGCAUAUUUAACUUCCAUUGUGGAAAACUCGUUUUACCUGCUCUUGACUAUUGAAUGUUUGCUUUCUGAGUUCCAACUUCAGCUCAUUUGCCAGCCCUUUCUUAUUGCCAAGCUCUCAUAGUACACCUGAAAUCAUGCAGUCAGUGUAUUUAUGAGUGGUAGCCAUAUUGUGAGAUAAACAGUUUAAAAGUUAAUUGUGGUUUUUUUGCGAGGUGUGACUCCAGUGGGCUUGGCUUAGAUGUGUCCAGGGAGAAAAAAAGGAGCAACGGCACAAAGACAAGCGACAACAAGGAAAAUAUGAGUGGCGACAUCUGCACACUUCACAGCGACGGCAUCCCUCCUGACACGCUCGACAAGGUGAAAACCUACCUGAACCAGUUCACUUUGUCUCUGGAGGUCCUGCAGCAGGUUUCUGCUCGACUGGAGCGAGCUCUGAAGCAAGGCUUGGGCAAACACUCCCAUCACAAGGCGUGCGUCCAGAUGUUGCCCACUUUCGUCACGGCAACGCCAGACGGGACGGAGAAAGGUGACUUCCUGGCUUUGGAUCUCGGUGGGACAAACUUCCGGGUGCUCCAUGUGCGAGUGGUGGAGGAGGAGCAGAGGGUCGUAAAGAUGGAUAGUCAGAUCUGCGCCAUCCCGAAGGAGAUGAUGCAGGGAAGCGGUAAACAGUUGUUCGAUCACAUUGCCGCCUGUCUGGGUGAAUUUCUCGCCACUCAGGACCUGAAGGGGAAAACUCUCCCUCUCGGCUUCACCUUCUCCUUCCCCUGCCAUCAGAAGGAAAUCGACAAGAGCAUCUUGAUUCGCUGGACCAAAGGCUUCCAGUGCUCUGGAGUGGUUGGUGAAGAUGUGGUGAAGCUACUGAGGGAAGCCAUUCACAGAAGGGGGGAUUACGACAUCGGCUCCAUAGCCAUGGUGAACGACACCGUGGGCACCAUGAUGAGCUGCGGCUACAAGGAUCAGAGCUGCGAGAUCGGCAUGAUCAUCGGCACGGGUACCAACGCCUGCUACAUGGAGGAGAUGAAGAACGUGAAGCGCAUCGAGAGCUCGGACGGACGCAUGUGCAUCAACACCGAGUGGGGGGGCUUUGGAGACGACGGCUCACUGAGAGACAUCCAGACGGAGUUUGACGUCGAGGUCGACAAGACGUCCAUCAACCCCGGCAUUCACACGUUUGAGAAGAUGAUCAGCGGCAUGUAUUUGGGGGAGAUUGUGCGCCUGCUGCUGGUGAAGAUGACAAAGGACAAGUUGCUGUUCGAGGGACAGACGUCGGAAUCGCUGCUGACGCCGGGCGGCUUCGAGACCAAAUAUAUCUCGGACAUUGAAGAGGAGGACGUCGGCCUGGACAACGGAAGUAGAAUCCUGACCAAGUUGGGUCUGACCUGGGACCCCGUCGAUGUCCGCGUGGUGCGCCUGGUCUGCGACACCAUUUCCUCCCGCUCAGCCCGCCUCUGCGCCGCCGCCCUGGCGACCCUCGUCAACCGUAUCCGGCUCAACCGCGGCCUGAACCAUCUCAAAACGACUGUGGGGGUUGACGGGACGGUGUACAGGAAGCACCCCAAUUUCAGUGCGGAGCUCCAGGCCAUGGUGAGCCUCCUGGCCCCCAAGUGUGACAUCACCUACCUUCUCUCGGAGGACGGCAGCGGGAAAGGCGCUGCCAUGGUAACAGCCGUGGCGCAGAGGCUGGCUCGCCAGUCCCGGCUGUUAGAGGACAGUGAGGGCGAGGGGAGCACCGAGGAGGACGAAGACGAAUGAGGGCAGACACGAACACCUUUUUCUUCUUUUUUUUGUUUGUUUUUGCAUUACAUACGUCCAUUAAUUUAAUAAUAGCAUUGAAUCUGUUUCAAAUUGGCCUGGUUUAAGUUAAGGGAGCUUGCUUGGAACUUGGAACUGAACUCGGUAAUUUUUUUUGUCCAUUUGUAGUCGAUUCAUUUUAAGGAAAAUUUUGAAUUUAGUCAGAAAAAAGACUAUAUUAAUAAUAUAAAUGCUUUUUGGGGGGGAUUUGCUAUUUUCUUUAUUUAUUCUAACCUUCAUAUUUGGCACAGAAAAUCCGUCAAAGUUGGGAGAAAAAAAAUCCUCACGUUCGCGCUCUUAAAAGCCUCUUUAGUGGAAAGUUUGGCUUUGUGACGGAUGCCGUCUCCCCCUGCUGGCCUCAAACGGUAACAGCAUCUUAACGUGUGCACUCGUCUAUAUGCUGGGGCUGCACAACCCUUGACACCAGGGUAGUUAUUAGGCAGAUGUGAGGAUGAGCUCCAUUUACCCUGCGUGUGCGUGUGCGUGUGUGUGUGAGAGAGAGUAAACCACAUUUCGAGGUUUUGUGUCAUAAAGGUCAUCGAUGUCAGCUUUUGUUCCCUCAUUCCUUCCGUCAGGGAUUGCGGAAUAUUUGAGUACAAUUCAAAGGAAGCGAUGAAGAAAUCCAGCAGUUGUUGUGAUGGUGAUAAAUGAGCUGAAGCCCCAUGCUGAUAGGACCCUCGAAGGUGCAACUUAUUUGUUUGUAUUUCGGAACAAUUCUUCCCAUAGGAAGUAACGGAAACAAAUUAUUCGUUCCAGUAUCAAACUAUUGCCUUCUUUUAACUGUGUGGGAAAUGUUUUAAGUAACUUUUUUAUAUCAUGUAAGUGUAAAAAUAAAAAUAAUAGUAAGUUAACCGCCAUUGAUGUUAGGAUUUAGCAAUAAAAUUGUUUUGGCGUUGAGCCUUGAGCAUUCCAACUUGUCAUACAAGCAUAAAAAGAAGUUAAGCACGUGUAAUGUAAAACAGAAACAACAAAGCGUGACACAACGGCAUGGUGCAAUCGAUUUUUUUAGGUUCUUAACGGCAAUGCAAAACAUAAACGCACACAUGGCAGUAUGAUAAAUGCCAGUUAUACUUCCUGUACUGUAACUUCCUGUGUAUAUUCCUCUCGUCUGACGUUCUUUCAACAACUCGUGUCGAAAAAAAAGCCCGUGAUGCUCGCUGAGCUGAGGUCUCGCGCAGUUUCCUGAGCAUCCGCCUUAUUCUCGUCAUGUGGCAUUUGCAAGAUUUUAGCCCCGCUAACUGGAGAAGGUAACCGCUUCGGUAUCGAAACAUGUGAACAAUGAAACACUGCGUGACCAAGGCGUAAUGCAAGUCCUAUAUUUUUUUUUUCCGCAUUCUUAAAUAUGAUGCAAGUGUAAAAAGAAGUUAAGCACUGUAAAAGAUAAAAUAAUAAAAACUUGAUGUUUACUUUCCAUACGGUUACUUCCUGUUAAUACUCUUCACAUUCUUCUUAACAACCCUUGUAACCAUGUGUCACAAAAAAGCAAACACUCGCUGAGCUGAAGUCUUCUUUUGUGCAACUAGCAGUCAUUUUUCAGGAAAUUCUGUUCUAAAAGUGUUCUUACUUUACAGGUUCCGCUGUAUUUAAAACUGACCGUGUGCCUUCACUCAUAAAGUUGCAGGACUGAACUCUCGCGGGUAUGAAUUCAUCCAUAAACAGCGGACUUUUACUUCUCCGUGGCGCAUUUCAGGGAGGGCUGUUAAACCUUUUACAUCACCACAUGAAUGUGACGUGGGUUUGUAAUCAUGUCUUUGAAAAGCAAAGUUGAAUAAACAUGAAACUACGGAGUUCCUCAAUGUCGUGCAUGCCCUCAACGGCUCAAGCUAGACUGGCUGUCACCAUGGUUUUAAUGCAGCACAUUUUAUUGAUUGUAUCAUUUCCUAAACACACAACAAACACUGGCUUAUUUUUCAAAAACGCACUACAUGCCUUGUUUUCCCCUCGUCGACAUCAUUCAAACUCACACGGUCAUCUGUGACGGCUGAUUGGCAGAUUGUAUCAUCUUGUUCUUUCACACACAGCUUGUCACGUCGGCUGAAGGAUACAAAAUGGUACAUUUGGACUUUUUUCCCACCUACUUUUUAAUUACCGUAAGCAUUUUUUUAGCUAGGCAACAGAAAUACGCUCUAAAUUUAAAACUACUUGUCAGCAGUGCUUCUUUUAACCCUCUUUUUUCUUUUUUUUUUUACAAUUUUAAGGUGGACUUUAUAUGUUGAGAUUUUUUAAUAAUGUUUAUACACAAAAAAAAAAUCCAAAAAAAAUUCCACUUCCUGUAUCCUGUGGAUUCCCUGCCAAUUUGCUGCCUCCUAGUGGUCUGUUUACAUAUUUUAGAAACUAGAUUCAUUCCAAGCUAGUGAUGGAAAUGUCGGCUCUUUUUAGAGAGUCGGUUCUUCUGCCUCGGCUCACUAAAAAGAUCCGGCUCUUUUGGCUCCCAAGUGGCUCCUCUGAUUUUUUUUUUGUUGUCUUAAAUUAAUUUAGCAGCAAAUUAUGUUUAUUGUGUAAAAUGAAUGACUAAUAUCAAAAAUAGAUUAUAUCAAAUGUGUGUUUUUUAAAUGGAUUUAUUUAAACCUCAAUGAACAGCUACAAAAAAAGAAUGUAAACAAAGUAUCAAAGUAUCAUCUCAAUAGACAAAUUAGGUCAAAAUAGGUCAAACCUCUUCAUGCACAUUUCUCCCCAACGAAUCGGCUUUAAGAGCACCGUAGCCUGUUUAACCCCGCCCCUCCCCAUGCUCAGUGUGGACACAGAGACGCCGCCACACAUCGUGACCAAUGACAUUCGCCUUUAACAAUCCCAAUUGGCUCCCAAAGACUCGAACCGGCGAGAAAUUCCACUAAGCAACCCUGACAAGGCAGACCUGUGAAGCGAAAACCGUUUCGGUUGACUUACUGCACGAAGCUCAUCGAGAGAACGCCAAGGGUUUGCAGCGCUAUCAUGUGUUCAUUCGGAGUUUUGAGACUCUCCGAUGCAAAUAGUCAUGAAAAUAAAGAAAACGCUUUGAAUGAGAAGGUGUGUCCGAACGUUUGGCCUGAACUGUUGGUAUUGUUGUACUUUGGAUGCUUGCUUUAUUGUGAUUGUUAAGCUGUCCCCUUCAAUUUGCCAAUGGUUGAAUUUAUUUGAACAUGCACGCAAGUUACAAUGAAAUGCAUCACAUAGUACAGUUCGCAUUUUCACGUGUCCAAAAAGGAGUAGCAAGAAGCAAAGCUUAUUUCAUCCUACCCCGCAUCCGUUCUACAUCAAUUGCGAUACAUUUGUUCACUUCCUGUAUUCCAAAUGCACUCUCCUCUAGUUGAAUACAUCCACAGUUGACGAGAUAAUGUCAUAAUCUGAUAAAUAGUAGAAACAAACAGUAGUCCGGUUUCAAAAGUAGUCAAAUUUCUGGUCA